GACAGCUCUUUGUUGUGGGAUUGGCGGGCUAUAAUUUUCGUCAGAUUUUGCAGCUUCAGUUCAGUUUUUUCUGUUGAAAUUUCAUGUUUUAUACUUAGAAAGUCUUCUGAAGUUAUUAAAAAUAUUAAAUUUAUGAAAAACUUUCAAAGUUCAAUAGUUACCAACUGAGUAUUGAAGAGAAUUUCAACAGAAAAUUUUACAUUCAUGUAGAUGACACCAGUCAUUCCGUAGUUUCUAACACGUGUGGUAAGGAAUUCCGCGUCCUCGUUUUAUUAUGACUAAUGAAACCACCCCUGGCACCGAAGUGGACAUCAACGACGUAUUCGAUGAUCUGCUGCUAGUGGAAGAGCGUCUGUCGGAAGAGAGCUACCAAAGGGGUCUGGAGGCCGGGGCCAAGCAGGGCAACGUGGACGCCUAUCAUUUUGGGUACCAUCGAGGAGCGGAAAUCGGUGCCGAGUUGGGAUAUUACUACGGCGUCAUUUGCGCCCAGGAAGGGGGUUUCGAGGGUGGCGAAACACCGAGUAAAGGUGAGCUGUUGCUGAGGGAGCUGAAGAAGGAGAUUGAAGAAUUUCCGACGUUUAACGAUUUGGAAGUGGAUUUGCUGGAGCGCUUGCUAAAGCUGAGAAACAAGUACAAAAAGUUGUGCGUGCUGUUGAAGAUUUCCGCCAAGUACACGAAACCGAAUGAGCUUUCGUUUUAAGCCGAUCAGGAUGGAUGCUGUGAGAGGACAU